GGUCUAUGUUCAUAUUUGCGUUGGAAGGAGAGAAGAGCCUAGGACAUAUAUGUAUUAACUGUGCAGCUGGUCCGACUCCCGACUGCUUGAGCUCACACCAGCCGGCCUUGGAGUUGCUGGAAGGGCGCUGGCUGCAAGCUAAGAUCACCCGGAGAGCUUUAGACAUUGAUGCCUGAGGCCCAGCUGUGGAGCGAAAGUUUGCAAAGAGCUGCAGGUGACUCUAACGUGCAGCUAAAGCUAAGAACUAUUGAGCUAUAGCUCCGGGAAGACUGAAAAUUACAAAGAAUAUGAUAAAAUCCUACUUCAGGAACAAAACUACAUUUUUCCAGAGCACCGAAGAUGGAAAAGCUCCUAUACCAGCCAUGGUUCCCAGACAAUGUCCCCCUGCGUGGAUGAGGGUUUGCUUGCUGCGCCAUCCUGGCCAUCUGUGCCACUGGAAGUGCUGGCAGAGAAGUGAAACAGACUGCAAAAGCAGGAAAGGAGAAUGGGCUCUUUGCCUUGAUUUUAACCUGAUGACAUUCGAAGAUGUGGCCGUGGAAUUCACCCAGGGGGAGUGGGGGCAGCUGAACCCUGCUCAGAAGGACCUCUACAGGGAGGUGAUGCUGGAGAACUUCAGGAACCUGGCCUUUCUGGGCCUUCCAGUAUCCAAACCAUAUGUGAUCUGCCAGUUGGAGGAAGGGGGCGAGCCCUUCAUCGUGGAGAGAGAAAUCUCAACAGGGGCCUACUCAGACUGGGAGAGAAGGUCUAAAUCCAAGGAAUCAAUGCCAAGUUGGGGAAUUUCCAAAGAAGAAUUAUUCCAGGUAGUAUCAGUGGAAAAACAUAUUGAAGAUGUGCUGCAGUUCUCAAAGUUGAAAGCAGCCUGCGGUUGCGAUGGCCAGUUAGAGAUGCAGCAGAUAAAACAGGAGACACAUCUGAAACAAAUGUCAACCACUCACAAAUCUGCUACCACCCUUAGCAGAGAUUACGAAUGGAAUGGAUUUGGGAGAAGCUUAGGUUUAAGAUCAGUCCUUGUUAACCAACACAGUGUUCUAAUGGGAGAAGGGUCUUAUAAAUGUGACACCAAAUUCAGGCAGACUCCAGAGGGAAAUAACUCUCAGAGAACCCAUCCAGAGAAGAGAUCUUGUAAAUGCAAUGAAUGUGGGAAGUCCUUUCACUUCCAGUCAGAACUCCGGCGCCAUCAGCGAUGUCACACUGGAGAAAAGCCCUACGAAUGCAGUGACUGUAGAAGAGCCUUUGGUCAUAUUUCAUCCCUUAUUAAACAUCAAAGAACUCAUACUGGAGAAAAGCCCUAUGAAUGCAGUGAAUGUGGGAGAGCCUUCAGCCAGAGCUCAUCUCUUGUUCUGCACUAUAGAUUUCACACAGGAGAGAAGCCCUACAGAUGUAAUGAAUGUGGACGAGCCUUUGGCCACACUUCCUCCCUUAUUAAGCAUCAGAGGACUCAUACUGGAGAAAAGCCCUAUGAAUGCAGGGAAUGUGGGAGAACCUUCAGCCAGAGCUCCUCACUCAUUGUGCAUUACAGAUUUCAUACUGGAGAGAAACCUUACAAAUGCAAUAAAUGUGGGAGAGCCUUCAGCCAGAGUUCAUCUCUCACUCAACAUUACAGAUUUCACACUGGAGAGAAGCCCUACAAAUGUAAUGAGUGUGGAAGGGCCUUUGCUCAUACUGCAUCGCUUAUUAAACAUCAGAGAAGUCAUGCUGGGAAAAAACCCCUAUGAAUUCAGUGAAUAUAGAAGGGCUUUCAGCUGGAGUGCAGAUAUCACCAGAACUUAAAGAAUUCAUAUCAGAGAGAGAUCCUGAAGGGGUAAUGUGUGUGGGAAGACCACCUCUUGUUCCACAUCAGAAAAUAAUUACUAAAGAGAAUCCCUAUCAAUGUCAGGAGGGGGUGGGCCUCCCCUCUCUUACCAAACACAGAAGAAUCCAUACUAGUGAGAAACCACGUGAAUGCAAUGAACGUGGAAAGGCUUCGAUCAGAGGAUGCAUAUUAUUCAGCAUCAGACAGCCGACACUGGGGAGGAGGCUUAUCAGUGCAGUGAGUGUUCAGUUACAUACUGACUGUUUAAGAAAAUCAGAUAACUUGUACUGGAGAGAAAUUCUACAAGUGUGGUAAGUAUGGAAAAAUCUUUAGUUGUAUCUCUUCCUUUGCUAGGCACCAAGAACACAUACUAGAGAGAGGCCCUAUGAAAGCAGGAAAUAGAGGAAGGGCCUUCAGUCAGAGCUCAUCCCGUAUUAAGCAUCAGAAAAUUCAUACCUGAGAAAAACCUGUGAAUGUGGGCAUGUGGGAGCACCUUCCGCCAAACCUCAUUGCUUUAUAAGCCCCUUAGAACUCUCCCUACUAGCUGGAAACUCUGGUAAUGUGAUGAGCGUGGGAAAGGCUUUCAUGGAUGUUCCACAAAAACACGUUAGAGAAUUUGUACAUUAGAGAAUUUGUGCCAGAGCAACUCUUCAAAUUUAGUGAAACUGGGAAAACCCACUAGUACAGUUCAAACCUCAGUAUUCACCUCAGAGAGAAACCCUGGGAACAUGAUGAAUGUGAGGAAAGUUCCUUUCCAGGUUGAGAUGUAUGAAACUAGAGCUGAAAAGAAGCUGAGAAAUGACCUUGUCUGGUGAUUUUUUGCCUGGUGGGGCCAUUUGUAUAACCACACUUGUGCAUUGCCUCCUCAUGCUGUUACUGACGGGGCAGGGUGCCAUGCAUGGUGCAGAGGAUGGAGGCUGAGAAAGGUAGACGGCUACCCGUGAUCUAGCCCAGUCGUAGUUUAGAGCUAAUGAAACUGAUGUUCAAAAAGCGACAGGCUGGGCCUCUUUCCUGUGGUUCACAGCUGUAGCGUGGAGAUUAGUAGACUGGACCUUUCCAGCACAACACCUCCAUGCACUGCUUUCUCUGUAGCACAUGUUACCUUUCUUUGUGAGGCAAUGGAGCGGUCUAGGAUUGAACAAAAAGCAAUUUUCAUUACAUCUUUAUGCUAAUAGAUUUGGAAUUUUUGAAGUGAAAUGAAACCUUGUUUAAACAUUAAAAUUACUAAAAUAUGGGUACAUUACACACAAUCCAGAUCUCAAACACGUGAUUCUAAGUGAAAGAAGGCAGAUGUCAGAGACCGCGUAUUUUCUAGUACCAUUUUAGGAAAUGUCCAGAAAUGGCAGAUCUUCAGAAACAAAGUAACUGCAAAUGUUACAAGGAAUCUUUUCGGGGUGAUGAAAAUGUUCCAAAACUAUAUGGUGGUGAUGGUUGAAUAAUUUGGUAACUUCACUAAAAAUCAUUGAAUUGUUCACUUUAUAUGGGCAGAUUUAUGGCAAAUAUACUUCAAUAAAAUCAGUUUUCAAAAUCAAAUUUACAGAUAUACCAACCAUUGCUAAACAAAUGUUCCUGUUUUGUUUGUUACUUCAAACCAUCUGUGCAUUUUUGGUGUCACUUUCUAUUUUCUAUAACAGUUACCCCUGCAUGUACUGGGUCUCAGAACCUUGUCAGACUCUUCUUUAGAGUCCCUGCGAUGUUGGCUCGGUAACCCAGGUGGGGAAGCCUAGACCAGGAGCUGGUGUAGACCGAAGGAUACUUGCCUAAUAGGAUUAGCCUAUACCGAGGGAAAUCCUUCAACUAUUUAAAGUCCAGAGGAGGAACUUGAGCCCAGAAUUCAGGGAAGCAGCACAAAGCGGGCCCAUGCAGACAGGCUGGGUCUAAGAGUCCACAAGGUUGGCCAGGGCAGGCAGGAUGCACGGGGGCAUCUGGAUCUGGAAGUACUUGGACAACUGAGGUUGAGAUGCCAGUCUUGGAGCCCAAAAAUCACACAGAAAUUUCUUCCCAGACAGCCAAGGUUUACGGGAGCAGAAAUAGCAAAUAUUUUCUUGCUCCAUCUCUCCCUUUUUUCCCAGUGCUCUUUUCUGUACCUACCCAGAUCACUUUAUACCUGGACAUCUGUCACAAUUUUGUAACUGGUCUUUGUCCAAACUCUGUUCUUCUCUUGUAUCCUUGCCAUGUUAACCAUACUCACCAGUUUGAACCCAGUGUCCUGCCCUCCAAAAAUCCUUUGCACUUCCUCCAAGAUAAAUCCUCACCCCCGUGUGUGGUAUACAAUGUCCUCUUUAGGCUGCCCCAACCUCCUGCCGCUCCUGACAGAAGCCUCCGUUGCACACAAACGCUGUCUUAUCAUCCCUCAGACAUGCCUUUCUACUUCUCAGCCUGUAAACCUUUACCUUACUGUUCCAUCAGCCUGGGGCACCUUUUCUACCUACGUGAAGCCUACGUAAUCAGUCAGAAACCCGUGUAACUUUCCCUUCCUCGGGGAGGUGUUCUCUUGGAAACUGAUAUGAAGUCGUAUCUUACCAUCUGUGAUCAUAAACCUUUGUUCGCAUAAGUUUUUUAAAAUGGAUGAUAUCUAGACUUGUGGUAAAUCUUAUCACUGUCUUGAUCUAUUGAAAUAAUUUUUAUCACUUUACCACUUUCUUAUUUCCUGAACCAGCUGACAACAGAAAAAGUCAAAUGGUAAAAUAUUUUAAGAGAUUUGUUCUGAGACAAAUAUGACUGACCUGUAGGCAUAGUUGACCAGCAUUUGCCUUAAAACAGAGACCUUACGACAAACAAAAACAGACUCUUUGUAGCAAUAACAACAUGACAGUAAGCCCUGAGAGAAAUCAAAGGGUUUUACUCCAAAAUAGAUUUCUCUUAAGUCUGAUAAGAAACCAGUCUGACAGAGCCCCAGGAGAUCCUGAGAACAUGUGCCCAAAGUGGCUCUUGUCAGGAGCAGCAGCAGGUUGGCGCAGCCUAAAGAGGACAUUGUAUACCACACACGGGAGUGAGGAUUUAUCUUGCAGGAAGGGCAAAGGAUUUUUGGAGGGCAGGACCCUGGGUUCAAACUGGUGAGUAUGGUUAACAUGGCAAGGAUAUGUGAGAAGAAGAGACAGUUGUGCUGUCAGGCUACAGCUUGGUUUCAUACAUUUUUACAUUUUAGGGGAAUGUCAGACAUCGAUACGUGUAAGAUUUACAUUGGUUCGAUAGAGAAAGGCAGGACAACUUGAAGCUGGUGGGGAAGGGACAGGGACAGAGGGAGGGCCUUCCAGGUUAUAGGUGGAUUCAAAGAUUUUCUGAUUGGCAGUGGGUUUGUCCAAAGACCUGGAAUCAAUAGAAGGGAAUGUCUGGGUUAAGGUAAGGUGUUGUGGAGACCAAGGUUCUUACUAUGAGAUGAAGCCAGAAGGUAGCAGGCUUCAGAGAGAGUAGAUUGUAAAUGCUUCUUAUCAGACUUCAGAGAAAUUUAUUUUAGGGUAAAACACUUAGAUUUCUCUCAGGGCCUGUUAUCUGUCGUGUUACCUUUUGUUACAAAGAGUCUGUUUGUGUCGGCCUUAAGGUCUCUGUUUUAAAGUUAAUGCUGGUCCACUGUGCCUGAAUGAGAGGAAGGUAUAAUGAGGUAUGUCUGACCACCCAUUCCCAUCAUGGCCUGAACUAGUGUUUCAGGUUUACUUUAGAAUGCUCUUGGCCAAGCAGAAGGGUCCAUUCAGUUGGUUGUUGCUUAGAAUUUUAUUUUUGACUUACGCAGACUGUCAGCUGCUUCGUGUCACAUCUCACGCUUCUCUUGUGUUGCCCAGUUUUCUCAGUGCUUCCGGCUGCAUGUUUUUGUACUAGAUGAAAAGCCUUCUUUCUAGAAAACUACCUGUUAAAUAUUUCUUUAGAAAAAUGUAA